AUGGGCGGCGGCAUGUCCGCCAACAUUCAGCGCGCCGGCUACCCCAUGAUUGUCUACGACCUGCGCGAAGAAGCCGCCCUGCCCCUGCUGGACGGCGGCGCCCGUCUCGCCAACUCCCCCGCCGAAGUUGCCGCCGCCAGCGACAUCACCUUCACCUCCCUGCCAGGUCCCUACGAGGUGGAGGCCGUUUCCCUGGGCAGCGACGGCGUCCUGCAGGGCAUCCGCCCCGGCAGCGUCUACAUCGACCUCUCCUCCAGCCGGCCCACCCUGAUCCGCGAGAUCGAACCCCAGUUCCGCGCCAGGGGCGCCUACGUCCUGGACGCUCCCGUCAGCGGCGGCAAGACCGGGGCCGCCUCGGGCAACCUGGCCGUCAUGGUCGGCGGCGACCGCGAGGUGUUCGAUCGGGUCAAGCCGGUGCUGGACGCCUUCGGCGACAAGGUGUUCUACGCCGGCGAGAUCGGCGCCGGCAGCGUGGCCAAGCUGGUCCACAACAUGAUCGGACACAGCGUCCGCCAGGCUAUCGCCGAGGGCCUGACCCUGGGCGUCAAGGCUGGCGUCGACCCCGAACCCCUCUGGGAAUGUGUGCGUCGUGGCGCCCUGGGCAGAAUGUCUUUCCUCCACGAGGGACUGGUACGCACCAUGUUCCGCGGGGAGUUCGAGCCAGCCAGCUUUGCCCUGCAUCUGGCCCACAAGGACAUCUCCCUCGCGACCGAACUGGCCCGCGAGUACGAUGUCCCCAUGCCCAUGUCCACGCUGGCGCAGCAGAUCUCCCUAACGGCUAUGAACCGUGGUUGGGGCAACGCCGACAGCAGUUCAACCGUCCGCCUGCAGGAAGAACAGGCUGGCGUCGAGGUGCGCGCGCCCCACGUCGACGCGGAGCGUUCCAGCCGCUUUAUCACCACCCACCCCGACGCCGAUUAA